GAAAGGUGUUUGCCAUAUCGAUUUUUUUAUGAACGUGAUUUAUAAAUGCUAACACAGUCCUUAUGUCCCACAAUGUCUUAAACAGUCACGUCUAGUUCUAAAGGAAGUCUCUUGGCUCCACCCCCAUCCUCGUGUCACUCCAGAGUAGAUUACGGAAGUUGAGUUCAGCGAAUGUCAACAAAAGAGACGGUAAAUACAGCAACUUAGUGGUUUUACAUACUUGUCGUUUUCUACUUUGCUCUUAUAUACAAUCAUACUAUAUUAAGGCCUCCACUUAGAUUAAGAGGAUCGGUGUAUGAAUGUUGUUUUGGACUAGAGAUACCGAGUGACCUAUGCUAUGUAAAGUUAGCCAGCUCUCUUGACAGUAGCUAGCCUAACAAAAGACGGAUGUGUUACACCAGCUGGCCAAGAUAGAAGUUUUUAGGGUGUUGGUAGAUAGCUAGCUUUUAUAGUUAGCAGUCUUGGCCAUGAUAUUCUGAAUAGCUUUGCUUGAAACUGAUCAGGAAUAUAGUGUGGAAAUGGAAGAGUUGUGUUAAAUGAGCCGUUUCAAUGCCGAUGACAAUUUCGGCACUUAACUUCAUGUGGUUUCAACUUUACUUUUAGCUGCAGGAAGUUAGCUAGCCAGCUAAUGUUCAGACUGAGCAGAACACCGUUUACGUCAUUGCUGGGUAGACUACCAGGAAAUGGCUGAAUCGAGUGGGAGCAUUCUGUACUUUUUUAAUUUCAGCUAACUAUGAAGAACGUCAACCGACUUGAUUGGUCGUCUUUAUUUGAAUGUUUAAACUCUAAGGUUCCGACUACAAUGUCACAUUAGUUGUGAGCAGAAUUGGCUUAUAUUAAAGCCAGACUUGUUAUUUUGAAGACACAACGCAGUUAACGUUAGGUAUGUUUGUCUUCCUUGCAUAGACGACGUCCUUAUCGAUCAACGACGAGGAGGCUGUUCUUCACGUUCGUCUGGUGGAGGACCAGUCCUGUGUUUUGGUCAAUCCCUACGCCGUUCUUCUUGAUUUUUCUUUAUGUGUGUCUAAGGCAAAAAUACGAUCAUCAUGUCUGUGUCGAUCAAUUUGUGGGUCCUCAACAUGUUAUUUUUAACAGUUUACAGUAAUCUGGAGCUAGCGUCCAGUUCUGUUCAUUUUGAGCGGUCACUGAAAAUUCUUCGUGAACGACAAGGAGAGAUUCACAGCAGCACCCCCCACCACAGUUGGUCCCCCCGCCCAAUAAACUGUAGCUGGAUGAUCCUUGCAGCCCCAGGAGAGCCUGUGAUUAUAAGCUUCUCACAGUUUUCUGUCAGAUGUGGGCGGGAUUGGAUUACCAUAACUUCCUCCACCGGUAAACCGGUCUCUCUGUGUGGCUUGCAACGACCUGGGCCGAUUGAACUGACUGAGGGAAACGUUACAGUGACGCACCACUUCUUCUCACGCUAUUCUACGUCUGGGUUUCACCUGGCCUACAUGAGAGGUUCUGCGCCUUGUUCUCGUGGGGAGUUCCGGUGCCUGACUGGACACUGCGUGCCCCUGACCUGGCGCUGUAAUGGACAGACUGAAUGUCUGGGGGAGGGGGGUUCCCUGGGGGAGGUUGACCGGGGUUACCUGGGCUCGGAUGAGCAGGACUGUGAAUAUGAGGAUUACGACAACCUGGACAGGAACACCAUCAGGAUUACCACCAGCACGCUCACGACCACCACCACCACCUCCCCAACUACCUCAGCUCGGAUAGACGGGCGCUGGCAGCUCCGAAGGGGCCCCGAUAUGAUGCCAGGCCCCCACAACGGCACGUGCGGCGGAGUUCUGCACAGUUUCUACGGCUCGUUUUGGCCCGCGGCGUGGAUAGUGCCGCCUCAGGAGUGUGUGUGGACGGUGGACCCUCAGGAUCGCCGGCCCCUGCAUCUCCAGCUGCCGAUGUUGGAGCUGGGGCCAGGAGACACGAUCAACAUCACUGACCAGAGGCACGGGGCAGGCAACCUCAUCAAAACGAUCACCUGUGUGUCCAACUACAAAGCGGUGGAGGUGGAGUCCCGCACGGGCGUCCUCUCCCUGAUCUACCGCACGAUGCCCGCCUCCGAGGGCCGGGGCUUCAACGCCACGUACCGCAUCGCCGGCUACUGCCUGCCGUGGGAGGGGGUGUGCGGCGGCUCGGAGGGCGGCGGCUGCUACACGCAGAAGCAGCAGUGCGACGGCCACUGGGACUGCGCCGCCACGGGCCGCGACGAGGAGGGCUGCUGGGGUUGCCCCCGGGGCCACUUCCCCUGCGGGGCACCAGGGAUGCCCCACUCGGGCCACUACGGCCGCCCCAUCUGCUUCACCCUCAAGGACCGCUGCAACUACCAGCUGAACUGCGUGGACGGCAGCGACGAGAGGGAGUGCACCAUCUGCCAGCCCGGAACCUUCCACUGUGACACCGACAGGUGUGUAGUGGAGAGCUGGCGUUGUGACGGACAGGCGGACUGCAAGGAUGGCACCGAUGAGAUGAACUGUACCCUGACCCUGCCCCGAAAGGUCAUCACAGCCGCCACCGUUGGCAGCCUGGUGUGUGGCCUGCUGCUGGUCAUCGCCAUGGGCUGCACCUGCAAGCUCUACUCGCUGCGCACGCGGGAGUACAGCAUGUUUGCCCCCAUAAGCCGACAAGAGGCCGAGUUCAUCCAGCAGCAGGCUCCGCCCUCUUACGGUCAGCUGAUUGCCCAAGGAAUCAUUCCGCCAGUGGAAGACUUCCCCACUGAGAAUCCUAAUGAGACGACUUCGCUGUCUUUGAGAAGCAUUCUCCAGCUUCUCCGGGCCGACAAUAGCUCCUCCCCCCGCCGCCGCCGCCGCCCUCGAUUCAUCCGGCGGGCUGUCCGUCGCCUGCGGAGGUGGGGCCUGAUGCCGAGACCCGCCCCGAGGCCCUCCCAGAACGCCAGCUCCUCCUCCAACCCCACGGAGGCUCCUCCCGCCGGCUCCGAGCCCAGCCAGUCCAGCCCCGGAGGCUCCGCUGUGGCCAGAGAGAGCACCACCCAGCAUCUGCCCCUGAAGGCUGGCCUGAUCUCACAGGGUGAACAGCAGCAGCAGCCGCAGCAGCAGCAGCCGCAGCCCCAGCAGGCGUCCCAGCUCCCUGUCCCUCCCCACGCCCCAGUCGUCCCCCCGGCACCUGAGCCGUCCCGCAGCCUGCCGGUCACCGCGCCCCCCAGCAGCCCCUCCCUGUCAUCCAUCCUCCACUCUUUGGGGAUAAGCAUAUCUCUCUUCCGGCCCAGCCCUGCUCCGUCACCCCCCUCCCUCCCUCUCUCAGCAUCCCCUUCGUUCUCCUCCUCUUCCUCGGAGGACGAGGUGCUGCUGAUCCCCCUGUCUGAGGACGCCAACUCGGACGACGAUGUGCCAAUGCUCACCUGAGCCCUCACCUGAGCCCCUCCCCUCGUGCCCCGCGCCACCACCCCCUAAAUUAUGAGCCCCAGUACAGGGGGUACCCAUAAUGCACUCCUGCGCUGGCCUUGUGCCUUCUUUCCUGUGUACUGAUUUUGUGACAUUGCAUAGGAUUUAUUGAUAAAAUAAGUGUGUGAGUGUGUGUGUGUACAUAAGUGUGUAUGUGAGGUGAGGUUUGGGGGGGGGGGGGGGACUGCAUAUGUGUUUUAAAACACGAUAAGAGAAGCAGGUCAACUUUGCACAGAGGACCUGCCUCCCUGAAAAGAAUCUGUCUUUUUUUUCGGACUUUUGCUACUGAUGUAAGAGGUGAUUUAAUGAUCGGGUUCCCUCGCAAUGUAUUUUUAAGCUUAUGAAAGGAUGGCUUUGCGUGUGCAUGUGUGUGUGUGAGAGAGAGAGAGAGAGGGGGGAUCACAUUUAUGCUGGCCUCCCAAAAACAGUAUCCGGUUAUUAAUGAGUAGUCACUCAAGUGCCUUUUAAUUAGCCUCCCACAGGACUUCACCAAUCACCCUAGAGAUUAUGUGGAAUAACACAUGCACAAAUCAUUCCCCGUCAUCAAUUAAGCAUCCUUCCCUCCAGUUAUGGAACGUUCCCAUAUUGACAGGAUGGAAGAGGAAGUUGUAAAGUUCACCUGUGCACGCUGAAGAGGCGCUCGAGCUGUAGAAACACGUGGACUUGGCUAUUACUAUUAUUAGUAGUAUUAUUACUUGGCUUCCUUUGUAGAGCACUUUACGUCCAACUGCAUUGCGGACCCACCCCAGAUAGAGUCUGCACGGCAGGUUUGGCAGGCUGGCGGUUCUUUUUUGGAACCAGUCAAAAAUGCAUUCUGUCUAUCCACUUGUGUAUCAGCCUGCAGAUAAGUGUGUGUUUGUGUGAAAAUGUCACUUGUGUGUGUGUGUAGGAAGAAAUGUGACCUAGCCCAAAAGAUGCUCCCUUCAUUACUAGUGAUGGACUCAGUCUUGAUAAUCCCCAUAUCAAAGUGAUGUUGAAUAUGCCCUUGCCACGUAAAUCAUUGUGUUCAAUCGUUUUGAAGCAGAUGACAUACAAUGAAGUCAUGAGGUGAAACUAGCUGGUGCCAUACUUAAAAAAAAAACACACAAAAAACUAAAAAACAAGUGGAAAACUGUUUUCUUGGUGUUAAGACUUUCUAGUUUCUAUGUUUUCAAACCUGGUGUAUUAACUUCUGUUUCAUUGAAUGUACAUAAUUGAUUUUUUUUUUUUAGUGGUUGGAUUGAUUGUAUUUGCCAUAAAUGGGAGGGAGAAAAUAUGAUUUUUAUGUGGAUGAGUCAUGGGCUAAGAUUCCACAACUUCCACUGAUAAAGAUGAUUUGCACUUUUAAAA